GCGUGCUUCGCCCCAGUAGCCGGCGGCCGGUCGCCGAGGCGCGGGCAGCGUGGGAACUGGCAGCAGGGUUGGUCACAAGAGUCCCUGAGGAUCUGUGUUACUGACGGAGUCCUCUAGGGCACGGGCCCUGAUGCAGGAUGUGUGACCGGAAUGGCGGGCGUCGGCUCCGGCAGUGGCUGAUUGAGCAGAUUGACAGCAGUAUGUACCCGGGGCUGAUAUGGGAAAAUGACGAGAAGAGUAUGUUCCGUAUCCCUUGGAAGCAUGCUGGCAAACAGGAUUACAAUCAGGAAGUGGAUGCUUCCAUCUUCAAGGCCUGGGCAGUUUUUAAAGGGAAGUUUAAAGAGGGGGACAAAGCGGAGCCGGCCACGUGGAAGACGAGGUUACGCUGUGCUUUGAACAAGAGCCCAGACUUUGAGGAAGUGACUGAUCGAUCCCAGCUGGACAUUUCCGAACCAUAUAAAGUUUACAGAAUUGUCCCCGAGGAAGAGCAAAAAUGCAAGCUGGGCGUGGCACCUGCAGGCUGCAUGAGUGAUGUCACGGAGAUGGAGUGUGGUCGCUCUGAGAUUGAUGAGCUGAUCAAAGAGCCUUCUGUGGAUGAAUACAUGGGUUUGACCAAAAGGAGCCCAUCCCCACCAGAGGCCAGCAGGAGCCAGGUCCUUCCUGACUGGUGGGUCCAGCAACCCAGUGCGGGCCUGCCACUGGUGACCGGGUAUGCCGCUUAUGACACACAUCAUUCAGCCUUCUCCCAGAUGUUGAUCAGCUUCUACUAUGGGGGCAAGCCCGUGGGCCAGGCUACCACCACCUGCCCUGAGGGCUGCCGCCUAUCCCUGAGCCAGCCAGGGCUUCCCAAACUGUAUGGGCCCGAUGGCCUGGAGCCGGUGUGCUUCCCAACAGCCGACACCAUCCCCAGCGAGCGGCAGAGGCAGGUGACCCGGAAGCUGUUUGGACACCUGGAGCGCGGUGUGCUCUUGCACAGCAACCGCAAGGGUGUGUUCGUGAAGCGGCUGUGCCAGGGCCGCGUGUUCUGCAGUGGCAAUGCCGUGGUGUGCAAGGGCCGUCCCAACAAGCUGGAGCGGGAUGAGGUGGUGCAGGUCUUUGACACCAACCAGUUCUUCAGAGAACUGCAGCAAUUCUACGCCACCCAGAGUCGCCUUCCUGAUAGCAGGGUGGUGCUGUGCUUCGGGGAGGAGUUUCCGGACACAGCGCCCUUGCGCUCCAAACUCAUUCUGGUGCAGGUGGAGCAGCUGUAUGCCAGGCAGCUGGUGGAGGAGGCGGGCAAGAGCUGUGGUGUUGGUUCCCUGAUGCCAGCCCUGGAAGAGCCCCCGCUAGACCACACCUUGAGGAUGCUCCCAGAUAUUUGUGCCUCACACCAGAGACCCUUUUUCAGAGAAAAUCAGCAGAUCACCGUCUAAGCCUCACCCUGGGCACUUGUCCGAGGCUCAAGCUUCACAAUUCUGUGCCUGACAGGAUUCUGAUAGGAUGGUACCCCCCCUGGCUAGGGUGGGCAGUGUCCUCCAUGGGGCCUCCAGAAGCCCAGAGAUGGACAUGCUCCUGCCCAGGCAGAUACCGGAAGUUUGCAGGGGCUGUGGCUAGAACCUGCGAUUAAAACAUUGGUUUCCCGACUUUUCCCUUUACCAUUAAUGGUUGUUCUUUCUGCAUGUUGAAGUCACUUUGACAGUUUAAAUUAGUCUGUGGCAAUAGAGUCACCUUUGUCCUUCUCUGGCCGAAGGUAGAGAUUUCUGACUUCCUCUGCUUGAUUGUACACAAUGCAUCUUUUUACUGUUUAGCCCUUUUCUUUUUGUUUUUGGCCAGAAGGCUGAGAAAAUACGUUGAUACACUUUAAAAAAAAAACAAAAGAAAACAAAACAAAAAAACUUCUAUAAUGAGGUGGUCCCGGGUAGCCUCUGUCUCCUUUCUAAAUGGUUUUCACUUUUUAAACAAUAUUUGUGUUUUCACAUGCCCUACUUUGGACCUUUCCUGUAAAAUGGGCAGAUUAUAAAUAUGAGUGUAGACACUGCUUGUGAACGUCAUAUGAAUUUUGGUUACGGCUCAUCAAUUCACAUGGCUCUGUAUUAGCAGGGGUUUGUGUGGACCAUGGUAGGACCAGGAACUAUGGAGAGGACCCAUCCAUAGGCAUCUCUCCCUUCUAGUGUCCCAUUCCACACCUGGUCCUAAGACCCAGUGAAAAUCAGUGUCCAGAUUGCACGCUAGGAUGGGUGCUCUAGGAAGUGCCCACCCACAUACCAGAGAAAGGUACAUGUCCUACAUAUCGCAGAACAGAAUGCUCACCUGUAGCAUGCUGAGCAGAAGCCAGGGUGGAAAACUUAGGGCAUGGCUCGGCGACUGAAGCCCGUUUGUGCCCCCAAUCUGGCUGUCCAGUCUAGUAUCUACGUAAUUUAAAUCAUGGGCUGGGGUGCCUCCAGAGCUGCUUUCUGUGGGAGUGAGCCACUGCCAAGGAUUUAGUGUGGCUGUCAGUGCACAGCAGGUGCUGGUGCCAAGCCAGCACAUGUGGGUGUAGAGAGCACCCUCUCCCUUCCAUGCCUGUCUGGGCACAGGAGAGGCUUCCUCCAUCUGUUUUCCUUUAUAACCAGCUUGGGUCCCUCCUAAUGUGCUCAGCAUUCCACAGUGAGGGGCAGGGCUGUCGUUCUGAGAAGUGGGGGAAAGCAUGAGGGUUCGAAAGACAGUCCCUGCCAACAAAGGGCUCGGCAGGCCAUGCCUUACAACCCGAAAAGUCGAAGAACACGGAGAACUUCGUGGCUGUUGUGUGAAGGUGAUGGAGGUGGGCCAGCUCAACAGAUACGGUCGCCAGAGUAUGUGACACCUGCAAACAGAACCUGGGGAUGGCUUUUCCCCCUCGACCAAAGCCAGGAACAUCCCUUCUGAAGCUAGGACAACCUAUUUGCUGGCCACUUGUCACACGUCACCUCCUGCCUCAGUGAGUGCUAAUGCACAAAAUGUAAUCCAAAUAUUUAUUUUUGUAUCCAUUUAAAGUGUUGAUAUCAUCCUUUAUUAAAGUAAAUUACUCUUUCAUAAAA